UUAGGCAUACUUAAACGAACACUUCAUCAUCAUUUCAACCAUAUUAUGCAUCAUUUCAACUAUUUUAUCAUCAUGAUUUCAUUCAUUGCAUCUACUUCAUUUUCCCAUGUUUUUUUCCUCAAAUUGUGCUCUAAUAUCGAAAUGGCGUUGCGUUUUGUGGGGAAAGCUUGCACCAGUUUGCUCCAACGAGGUGGAACAACCACAGCAGCAGCAUCGCAAUGGAGUCGUACGCUAUCGCACUAUCCCAUCAACGAUGCGAUGUUUGGUAUGGAUGAGGACCGCCAGAAGCUGAGGGAAAUCGCAUUCAACUUCUUUCAAAAAGAACUGGCACCACAUGCUAAGGAGAUCGACAAGCUGGAUAACUUCAAGGAUCUUCGAUCUUUCUGGCGCAAAAUGGGUGAACUUGGCUUCCUAGGCAUUACUGCAGAACCGGAAUACGGAGGCACUGGCGGCAGCUAUUUGGAUCAUUGCAUAAUUAUGGAGGAAAUAUCCAGAGCGGCUGGUGGCGUUGCGCUGUCGUAUGGCGCCCAUUCUAAUCUGUGCAUUAAUCAACUGACCAAGAACGGCACACCUGAGCAAAAGGCCAAGUACUUGCCUAAUCUCUGCAGUGGCGAGCAUAUCGGUGGCCUUGCCAUGUCAGAGCCAGGUGCUGGCUCCGAUGUCGUCUCCAUGAAGUUGCGCGCAGAGCGAAAGGGCGAUUACUAUGUGCUAAAUGGAACCAAGUUCUGGAUUACUAAUGGCUCCGAUGCCCAGACCUUGAUUGUGUAUGCCAGAACUGGUGGUAGCGGUGUUCCCGGCAAACACGGUAUUACUGCUUUCAUCGUGGAAACUGACUGGGAGGGCUUUAGCGUUGCCCAGAAGCUGGAUAAGCUGGGCAUGCGUGGCAGCAGCACCUGCGAACUGGUCUUCCAGGACCUUAAAGUUCCGGCGAAGAAUAUACUGGGACAAGAAAACAAGGGCGUCUAUGUUUUGAUGUCUGGUCUGGAUUAUGAGCGUCUCGUUUUGGCUGCUGGUCCAGUUGGUCUUAUGCAGGCUGCCUGCGACGUGGCUUUCGAUUAUGCCCAUCAACGCAAGCAGAUGAACAGCUUGAUUGGCGAGUUCCAACUUAUUCAGGGCAAGAUGGCCGAUAUGUACACCACAUUGAGCGCUUGUCGCAGCUACCUGUAUGCUGUGGCCAGAUCCAGUGAUUCGGGCGUACGCAGUAGCAAGGAUUGUGCCGGUGUGAUCUUAUACUGUGCGGAGAAGGCAACCCAGGUGGCCUUGGAUGCCAUUCAGAUUCUUGGCGGCAACGGUUACAUCAAUGAGAAUCCCACUGGACGCAUUUUGCGUGAUGCUAAACUGUAUGAGAUUGGCGCUGGAACCUCUGAGAUUAGACGCUGGCUGAUUGGACGCCAGUUAAACAACGAGUACAAGUAAACGACUUUAUUAGCGACUCUACGGCACGUGGCAAUAUUUUGAUAUGGACUUUUCAAUCUGACAGACUAAUUCAUGCAUUUAUUUUUUAUACGAUCUUUUCGUAAAUAUAUAUAUAUUCUAUUUGAUGUUAUACU